AUGCUGCACCUCAACCGCCCCACCAGCUUUUUCUGCCGUUUCCCACCGCCCGCUGCCUUGGCCUGCGCAAUUAAUCGGUAUCCUGGCCUUCGCUAUAGCUUCCCUUGCCGUUCUUCGUUCUCCGUUUUCCGUUCUCCGUUCUCCGUUCUGCGUCCUCCGUCCUCUCUGCCUGCAUCACGCCGCAUCUCGCCAAGCCGACUGCGCUCCGACGACGAAGCACGAAAGCCAAUCCGGGCCGGCUACAGCACCCAGGCCGACGCACGACCGCAAUCGACAGGCCAGGCCUCUUCGAACAAGCUCUCGUCGCUCCCAUUGACGCGCCCAUUUUCCCCCGAAACCCAUCACAAUGGUUCGUCCGUCCCGGUCUGGUCGGCUUGGCCGUCGCAGAGACAGCUCUGCGUCUUCCAGCCACGGUGCAUUGGCCCGCGAUGGACGUCAGAAACGGCAGUUGUGGCUAACAGGCGUCUGCAGUCGGCCCAGAACUCGACCGGCAUCCAGACCCUGCUCGAUGCUGAGCAGAAAGCCGCCCAGAUCGUGCAGAAAGCACGGGAAUUCCGCACCAAGCGCGUGAGAGAGGCCCGUGACGAGGCCCGCAAGGAGAUCGAGGCCUACAAGGCGUCCAAGGAGGCUGAGUUCAAGGAGUUUGAAGCUUCCCACACCGAGGGCAACAAGGCGGCCGAGGAGGAGGCCAACCGCGCGGCUGACGCCAAGAUCACGGAGAUCCAGGAGGCUGGCAAGCUCAGCCGGGACGAUGUGAUCAAGAAUCUGCUGGCGGGCGUGCUGGAGGCCAAGGCCGUGCCGCCGUCCAAAGCAUGA